AUGGCACAGAACUACAACCAAUUAAGAAAAGGUGCAAACGAGGUUACUAAAACAUUGAAACGUGGAAUUUCGGAAUUGGUCAUUUUAGCAGGUGAUGCUACACCCCUUGAAAUUUUACUCCAUAUCCCCCUUUUGUGCGAGGACAAGAAUGUGGCAUAUGUAUUUGUUAGGUCUAAACAAGCAUUAGGUCGUGCAUGUGGAGUCUCUAGACCAGUGAUAGCUUGUUCAGUGACUGCUCUUGAGGGUUCUCAACUAACACCCCACAUCAAGACAAUUUUCAAUGAAAUUGAAAGACUACUUAUAUAA